GCGUCCUGUCCGUUCAUUUCGGGCGUUUCUGCACGUUUUCUCAAAGCUUACGGAUACUGACAAAACGGAGCAGUUCCACCAGAAUCUGGGGGGCAAUUUACCCAGUAGUUCAAGCGAAAAUUAUAGGUGUUUAUCAAGUUUUCUUUACGAGCGAAUUUUGUUUUGAAUCUUCGUAUGUCCUGAGUUCAUAUAGCACACUCUGAAACAUGAGACAACCCCUUGGAUUUUCAUAUUACUGCCGAAUGGCGCUGGAGACGGUACCCAAGGAUCUUCGCCAUUUGCGAGCUUGCUUAUUGUGUUCCCUUGUUAAGACUAUUGAUCAGUUUGAAUAUGAUGGCUGCGACAACUGUGAAUCCUACCUGCAGAUGAAGGGGAACCGGGAGAUGGUGUAUGAGUGCACAAGCUCUUCCUUUGAUGGGGUCAUAGCGAUGAUGAGCCCAGAAGACAGCUGGGUAGCCAAAUGGCAGCGAAUCAGUAACUUCAAGCCUGGGGUUUAUGCAGUGACAGUGACCGGCCGGCUUCCGCCGGGUGUCGUGAGGGAGCUGAAGAGCAGAGGGGUGAUUUACAAGUCCAGGGACACGGCCGUGAAGACAUAAGCGUGACCUGUCACCCUCACCACUGCUCGGUUUCACCCCAUGAGUUAAGCCAGAAUCUGGUUCUUCACAUGAUCUUGUUUCAUUUGCUGGGCUCUUUAAAAGAACACUAGAGUAGAACCACUCAUCUUCUGCCACAAGAGGGCGAUCUAGUGUUUCCUAGGCAUACUUGUCAUUUGCUGUAUCAAGGUAGCCAUUUUCUUAAUGUUUCUUUUUUUAUGUACUUUUUAUUUUAAAACACCAAGCCUGUGAUGUAAGUGACAUGUAAUAAACUAUGUUAUGGUUUGCA